AUGGAUCCAAGCGCUUGUCGAGUCAUCUACAUCGACGAGCGAUUCAACACUGAGCGAUGGAUCUCGAGGGAGGGGCUGUCUCCCAGCACACCGCAGAGAAGCGGCUCUCAAGGAGAAUUCUCCGACCUCCCACACGACCUACAAACCAACGUCAAUGCCUUUUUGACCGUUUUCAAUCAAGUUUACGUUUGCUCCUCCGGUAGAGCUUUCUCCACCAAGCUGUCAGAGCUUCAUGACCAGGUCAAGCUCGACUGUACCCCAAUUCUCGCUUGUUUUGACAUCGGCUCUGAGUCAAAGGUAGAACACCUGCGCUCAUCACGCAACAAGUUCAACCCGGCCUCCGAUUCCCCUCUCCCCUCGCCGAACCUUCUUCGUCGAGAGAUCACCUUCUCCUCCGAGUCCGACGAAUCCUACGGUCUUCAACUGCUGUCGCGGAUAGCUUCCGAUCUUCAAGUUGAGGAGGGAGUUAAGCUCAUUAUACCUGUUGCCAUUGUCCAGCCGAAGAGAAAGGAUUCUUACGAUCACAACCACGCUACGGAUCAUCUACAUCCGAGCAGCAUCUCCAGAGCCCCGCUUGGUCAAGAGUCCACCGCGGUGGAAAUCAGAGACAACUCGGACAUAAUCGAUGCUCAGCUGAUGCUCCAAUGUCUCGAUGCCGGUGCCCUCGAUGUGGUCAAGAGCCCGCUAGAUAAAGCGGGGAUCAUGGGCCUGACCGUUCAUGCAUAUCGCAUUUACAAGAGUGCCAAGAAGGAGCAAGCUGGCUUCAUGGCAAUGUCCCGCAGAGGUCGUAAGCAGUCCUGGGUGGGCGUUGAGGAUGAAAAACCAUAUGCUUAUCUUCGGGAAGCUAUGGUCAAGAAACUCUUGAAGGGCAUCUGUGAACCACAAAAUAUCAUCGAAGACUAUCAGCACCGCAAUCUCUACAUCCAAGAUCGUCGGAAAGAGGUUGUCGCAGAAGCAAUCGGCAGAUGGGAUUUUUGUGGCCACGAUUUCACCGAGGACGAACUAGUUUAUGCAGGUUACUACAUACUCAACCAUGCUCUCAAGAUGGAAGCAGCAGAACACUGGCGAUUGGAUCAAGCGGACUUGCUUCACUUUAUGCAAGGUUGUCGAGUGGCUUAUAAUUCGUUUGUCCUUUAUCACAACUUCAGACACGCCGUGGACGUCCUUCAAUCAGUCUUCUAUUUCCUAGUAGCCAUCGGUGCGCUCCCACCAUAUCCUGAAGGGGCCGGACCUGCCCCCUACGCGAACAAGAAGUCACCCAUUGCACGCCUUGUUGGCCCAUUUGAAGCCCUCAGUCUCCUGAUUUCUGCUAUAGGUCAUGACGUCGGUCAUCCUGGUGUGAACAAUAUGUUCUUGGUCAAGUUGAAUGCUCCUCUCGCCCAGCUAUACAACGACCAGUCGGUGCUAGAGGCAUUCCAUUGCGCGGCUUAUUCACAAAUUCUAAGACGACACUGGCCCGCUGCUUUUCAACAUAAGGUACUCCGCAAACUUAUGAUUGACACUAUAUUAGCUACCGAUAUGGGAGUACAUGCAGACUACAUGGGAAAGCUGGGUAACCUGCAAGAGAAGAUUCACCAGAGUGGAGAUACCGAUGGUUGGGCUCCGAAAGACAUCGAAUGGGCCAGGACGCUGACCUGCGGCUUACUGAUCAAAUGCGCCGAUAUCAGUAAUGUUGCACGGCCAUGGUUGGUGGCUGAAAAAUGGACUCAUCUACUGCAGAAGGAAUUUGCACAUCAAGGAGAGAUGGAAUCAGCUGUCGGUAUGGAGACCACAUUGUUCGGUGGUCCACCAGAAUUAGGCAACAUGCUCAAACUGGCUAAUGGCCAGAUUGGGUUCAUGACAAUCUUCGCCCAUCCACUCUUUGCCAAUGUGGCCGAUAUCAUCCCAGCCAUGCGCUUUGCCGCAGACGAGAUCUUGACGAAUAAAGGGGUCUGGUUUACUAGAGCGGAACACGAGAAGAGGCUGCAGGUCUUGCACAAGCAGGGUGGAGGCUUGACUGACAGUGGUGCUGUUAGUCCCAGGACCCAGAGUCCAGUUGGCCGCAAGUCCACGCCGGAUCACAGCCUUCUCGCAUCGUCACCUUUGCGAGAGCGUGCAAACACUCCAGAUAAUGAAAGGGCUGAAGACCACACUGAGAGGGGGAGAGGUCGUGGGAGCGGGACACAAACAGCACAGGAUCACCCAAGAGGCUCGACCUUGGCGGCAGUUGCGGCUAUCCCAGUUUCAGGCGACAACACCACUCCCACCAGAUCGUCUUCAGCCAAGGCCAAUUCAAUUGUGGAGAGUCGGAGAAAGUCAGCUCUCGUUAAUGGCGAGCAUAUCUCGAGACUUUCUGCGUUUGACGGAGAGCAGGGCCUUGAUUCUUCGAGCACACCGAGGCUGACAUCCACUAAACCUGAUAUGUCAGACGAGUCAGAACAAAGCCUGAAUGACACUAGGAGAGACAAUGCAGUCUCAAUGCGGGCUGGCGUCGAAGCCUUGCCCAAGGGUUUAUUACAAGAUGAGAAGGACCGAGAAUCCUCGGCAGAGGCGUUGUCAAAGUUCAAUUUUGCGACAUCUGACCAGGAUGAACCGGUGCGAACGUUUAAUCCGCAGCGAAACUAUACUGCCCCUCACGCCGAUGCGAGAGCCAGCGCUCCAGCUCCGACAGGUAAUACGGAGCACCAGAAUCCUAUAGUUGUUGGCGCUGAUGAUGCGAGGCAGACUCAGAGUGAAGAAGUUACGAAUGCAACGCUGAGGUGCGGCAGCGGUAAUGAUACCUUGACACCCGUCCAAAGUACCGAAGCCUCAAGUUAUGCUUCGGAGAAGAGUGAGAGCUAUCCACGGAUCAGAAGCAGCUUCCAGGCGAUACGGAAUCGUGCUGCGAGUGCACCUCUAUCACCCGGAAGUCCAAUCAUGCAGCCUAGCUUCAGUAUGGGAAGCAACAGCAUCACCAGUCGCGAGAGCAGCAAGCUUGAUGUUCAUGCCACAAUACUCAGUAAUGGUGAGGUCGACGAGUCUGGCAACCGGGACCGAAAAGGCAGCUCGAGAUCCGUGGGCCGACGGCGGAGCAAGCUAAAACUAAAUCUUGCGUUUUGGAAGAGGAACAAGAGCGAAAAGAGCGUGGGGGUGGAUGAACGACCAGAUAGUCAAGGAAGUGGGGGACGGUAA